CAGGUGGUUCUUGGUAGCAGGCAGUUUUAUUGAAAUAUCGCAACCGUGAACAACGAGUGAAGUUUCUGCACGUCGAAAUGCUAGCCAGCGAAAACCUUAGUGGUGUCCACCACCCCCAUCACCAUCAUUUGAUGCAGCAUCGAUCUUAUAGUGAGGAUAUAUACAAAAAAGAGGACCCUGAGCCAGCCAAUGGAAAGUGCAAGCCACCAACCCAACAGCCAACAGCAAAUGGCAACUCGAAAAAAGAAAAUGGAACUGUUAAUGGGUUUGAAACAAAUGAGAAACGUCUCAUUGUCAGUCAUCCCACCGCCAAGGUGGAGGAUUUCAUUCAUGAGUGUGUGGAGGAGAUUUUGAAAUCGGCCGUCUUCAAUGGCACCAAACGAUCUACCAAAGUUGUGGAAUGGCAUUCGCCCGAAGAAUUAAAGGCCCUGUUCGAUUUCAAAUUGAAGAGCGACUCUGAGUCCCAUGCUACGCUCUUUGAUCUGUUGAAGAAAACCAUUGGAUAUUCGGUGAAGACAGGUCAUCCCUAUUUCAUCAAUCAAUUGUACUCAGGAGUGGAUCCCUAUGCCCUUAUAGGACAAUGGCUAACGGAUGCCCUCAAUCCCAGUGUCUACACCUAUGAAGUUGCUCCCGUCUUUACGCUCAUGGAAGAGGAGGUGCUCUCGGAAAUGCGCCGCAUUGUGGGUUUUCAGGGAGAAGGUGAUGGCAUUUUCUGUCCUGGUGGAUCCAUUGCCAAUGGCUAUGCCAUCAGCUGUGCCCGCUACUACAAACAUCCAGAAUUUAAGAAAAGUGGACUAUUCGCCUCCAAGCGUCAGAUAAUAUUCACCUCCGAAGAUGCCCACUAUUCGGUGGAGAAGUUGGCCAUGUUCAUGGGCUUGGGCAGUGAUAAUGUGUGCAAGAUCAAGACUAACAAAUUGGGAAAAAUGGAUUGCGUGGAUCUGGAGAGGAAUAUCAAGAAAUGUUUGCAGGAAGAUUGUGAGCCCAUGAUGGUAUCUGCCACUGCAGGCACCACUGUUUUGGGCGCCUAUGACGAGAUUCCAAAGCUGUCCGAACUAUGCCAGACCUAUGGUAUGUGGUUGCAUGUUGAUGCCGCCUGGGGAGGUGGAGCUUUAAUUAGCCAAAAAUACAGACAUCGCCUGAGAGGCAUUGAAAAGGCCGAUUCCGUCACUUGGAAUCCCCAUAAAAUGUUGACUGCCUCCCAGCAAUGUUCCACAUUUUUGACCAGACACAAGGAAAUCCUAAGCCAAUGCCAUUCAACCAAUGCCACCUAUCUCUUCCAGAAGGAUAAAUUCUACGAUACUUCCUAUGACACGGGCGACAAGCACAUACAAUGUGGCCGCAGGGCUGAUGUUUUCAAAUUCUGGUUUAUGUGGAAGGCCAAAGGCACCAACGGUCUGGAGGAACAUGUAGAUCAACUCUUCCACAUGGCCGAAUACCUUACCGAAAAGAUCAGGGAAAGGCCUGGCUUCGAAUUGGUUCUAGAGCAACCUGAAUGCACAAAUGUUAGCUUUUGGUAUAUCCCUCCCAGCAUGAGGUCAUUGGAAAGAGGUCCAGAGUUCUACGAUAAGCUGCAUACAGUUGCGCCCAAAUGCAAAGAGGGCAUGAUAAAGAAGGGCUCCAUGAUGGUCACCUAUCAACCUUUGCACGACUUGCCCAAUUUCUUUAGAAUAGUUUUGCAAAAUUCUUGCCUUAAUGAAAGUGAUAUGAACUACUUCCUGGAUGAGAUUGAGCGUCUUGGAAGUUCCUUAUAGGAUGCACCAUCCCUUUCUAGCUGUGACUGUUUACCUUUUUUCCUUGGAUGUCAAGAUAUACCUGAAAUAGGUGUAUUGCUUCCUACAGUAUUUAAUAUUUUAUGAAAAUUUUUUUAUUAUCAUUUAGUCAAUCAAUGUGCAUAUACACAGACAUAUACAUAUUAUAAGGUUGUGUGAAUAUUAUUAUUAUAAUUAAUUAAAAAGCAAAUAAAAAUAUUAAAAAAUA